AUGAGUGAGGAGGUUUUGCUUGGCUAUACGGCCGCCACUUUGGCUGUCUUCUUCUUCGGCACCUGCUACGUGCCUGCUAAGGCGUACGCGACCUACGAUGGCAUUAUUUUUCAGUGGUUUAUGUGCUCCGGGAUCUUAAUGGUAGGUAUUGCCUGGGGAUUACUCAGCAACAACUGGUCGCAGUUUUCCCAUUCGGGCAUGUUCACGUUUCCCGAAGGGUUAUUGGGUGGUGCCUUAUUUGCCAUUGCCAAUUUAUUGAUCCCAACAGUGGUCAAUACACUCGGACUUGGCGUAGGUUUCAUGCUUUGGAACGCCACUAAUAUCACUUUAGGCUAUUGCGUUUCACGUCUGGGACUUUUUGGUGUAUCACCCACGAUUCCAACUAUGCCAUGGAUUAGUCUACUUGGAAUUUUCUUUAUGUUGGCUUCGAUAGCGGUUUAUGGUACCAUCAAACCAACUUUAAAGGCCCCAAAAGCCGGUAAGACGGCCAGAAAUCCAACAAAUGUGCGUGAAAAUAACAGCAGAGAGAGUAGUAAUGCUAGUCUCGCAAGUGAAGAUUCCCCGUUAUUACCACAAUUCGCUGAGCUCAAAAGUAUUGCAUCCAUACGCCGUGAGUCACUGCCACAAUCGCUUGUGCACCCAGAAUUACCCAAUUUUGGACCUUAUAUGAUGCCAAACGAAUUGGGUGAACACAUCGAGUUGAUCGACGCGCACGCUGAAAAAACCCGAAAAUUUUUUGGGAUGUUUGUAGCGUUGUUGGUUGGCGCAUUUUUAAGCUGUUGCCUCGUGCCAUUUGUCAACUGGAAACAGCGUUGCCACCCAUCGGAUCCCGCACAAAACGACCCGAUCGUGGAAACGUGCAACCCUCUAGAUUUUGUCUUUUCGCAAUGUUUAGGUGUUUACCUUACAAGCACCAUUGUCUUUUUACUGUAUUCGCUGUUCCACCGGUUUGUGCUUAAGCGUUCGAUGCCUCGUAGUGUCAUGCGUCCAGCAUUUUUCCCAUUUGCUCUAUUGGUCCAGCCAUGGUGUCGAUGUUAUGGUCCGCUGGCACUUCGUCACGCAGCAAUACUCGUUGCUGUGUCAAAUUCGGUCGCACGCGCGUACUGUUCUCCUUUUCCGAGAAUGAAUGACUUGCUACUAGAAUUUAAGGUGGUACUUUUGGUAUCCAUCUGCUUGACUACAAUAUCCUUCACAAUGGUGGCGUGCAGUGACCCUGGCGUGGUCUUUCAAGACUUAGAAGUGUGCAAUCAAUUACACGACAUCGAAACGGGCAUUAUCUGCGCGCAAUGUGAAGUUCGUCGACCUUUAAAUGCUUCUCAUUGCUCCGAUUGCGGUGUCUGCAUCAAAGAGCUGGAUCACCAUUGUCCGUGGACGGGUAAGUGCGUUGGUGAGCGAACGAUCAAGUGGUUUUACAUCUUCCUGACUUGCAUCUCGCUGCACUGUAUGCUCAUCGGUGCGAUCGUCCUCGUUACUUUUGUGGCCAAAUAA